AUGGCCCCGGUCUCAGCGAGCGGCAGCAGGAAGGACGUUGGCACGGGGCAGGAGCAGAACAGGCCUGGGGAGAGGGAGCAGGAGCUGGCCCGACCACGGGCCCAGCGCAUCCCCACCCCACGGGAGCCGGCCAGACCCUGGGCCCAGCGCGUCUCCACCCCACGGCAGCUGGCCAGACCCUGGCCCAGCGCAUCUCCACCCCACGGCAGCUGGCCCGACCACGGGCCCAGCGCGUCCCCACCCCACGGCAGCCGGCCAGACCCUGGGCCCAGCGCGUCCCCACCCCACGGCAGCCGGCCAGACCCUGGGCCCAGCGCGUCCCCACCCCACGGCAGCCGGCCAGACCACGGGCCCAGCGCGUUCCCACCCCACGGCAGCCGGCCAGACCCUAGGCCCAGCGCGUCCCCACCCCACGGCAGCCGGCCCGACCACGGGCCCAGUGCAUCCCCACCCCACGGCAGCCGGCCAGACCACUGGCCCAGCGCGUCCCCACCCCACGGCAGCCGGCCAGACCACGGGCCCAGCGCGUCCCCACCCCACAGGAGCCGGCCAGACCCUGGGCCCAGCGCGUCCCCACCCCACGGGAGCCGGCCAGACCCUGGGCCCAGCGCGUCCCCACCCCACGGCAGCCGGCCAGACCACGGGCCCAGCGCGUCCCCACCCCACGGCAGCCGGCCCGACCACGGGCCCAGCGCGUCCCCACCCCACGGCAGCCGGCCAGACCACUGGCCCAGCGCGUCCCCACCCCACGGCAGCCGGCCAGACCACUGGCCCAGCGCAUCCCCACCCCACGGCAGCCGGCCAGACCACGGGCCCAGCGCAUCCCCACCCCACGGCAGCCGGCCAGACCACGGGCCCAGCGCGUCCCCACCCCACGGCAGCCGGCCCGACCACGGGCCCAGCGCGUCCCCACCCCACGGCAGCCGGCCCGACCACGGGCCCAGCGCGUCCCCACCCCACGGCAGCCGGCCCGACCACGGGCCCAGCGCGUCCCCACCCCACGGCAGCCGGCCCGACCACGGGCCCAGCACGUCCCCACCCCACGGCAGCCGGCCCGACCACGGGCCCAGCGCGUCCCCACCCCACGGCAGCCGGCCCGACCACGGGCCCAGCGCGUCCCCACCCCACGGCAGCCGGCCAGACCACGGGCCCAGCGCGUCCCCACCCCACGGCAGCCGGCCCGACCACGGGCCCAGCGCGUCCCCACCCCACGGCAGCCGGCCAGACCACGGGCCCAGCGCGUCCCCACCCCACGGCAGCCGGCCAGACCCUAGGCCCAGCGCGUCCCCACCCCACGGCAGCCGGCCAGACCCUGGGCCCAGCGCGUCCCCACCCCACGGCAGCCGGCCAGACCACGGGCCCAGCGCGUUCCCACCCCACGGCAGCCGGCCAGACCCUAGGCCCAGCGCGUCCCCACCCCACGGCAGCCGGCCCGACCACGGGCCCAGUGCGUCCCCACCCCACGGCAGCCGGCCAGACCACUGGCCCAGCGCGUCCCCACCCCACGGCAGCCGGCCAGACCACGGGCCCAGCGCGUCCCCACCCCACAGGAGCCGGCCAGACCCUGGGCCCAGCGCGUCCCCACCCCACGGGAGCCGGCCAGACCCUGGGCCCAGCGCGUCCCCACCCCACGGCAGCCGGCCAGACCACGGGCCCAGCGCGUCCCCACCCCACGGCAGCCGGCCAGACCACUGGCCCAGCGCGUCCCCACCCCACGGCAGCCGGCCAGACCACUGGCCCAGCGCAUCCCCACCCCACGGCAGCCGGCCAGACCACGGGCCCAGCGCAUCCCCACCCCACGGCAGCCGGCCAGACCACGGGCCCAGCGCGUCCCCACCCCACGGCAGCCGGCCCGACCACGGGCCCAGCGCGUCCCCACCCCACGGCAGCCGGCCCGACCACGGGCCCAGCGCGUCCCCACCCCACGGCAGCCGGCCCGACCACGGGCCCAGCGCGUCCCCACCCCACGGCAGCCGGCCCGACCACGGGCCCAGCGCGUCCCCACCCCACGGCAGCCGGCCCGACCACGGGCCCAGCGCGUCCCCACCCCACGGCAGCCGGCCCGACCACGGGCCCAGCGCGUCCCCACCCCACGGCAGCCGGCCAGACCACGGGCCCAGCGCGUCCCCACCCCACGGCAGCCGGCCCGACCACGGGCCCAGCGCGUCCCCACCCCACGGCAGCCGGCCAGACCACGGGCCCAGCGCGUCCCCACCCCACGGCAGCCGGCCAGACCACGGGCCCAGCGCGUCCCCACCCCACGGCAGCCGGCCCGACCACGGGGUCCUAGACCCCACGCCGCAGCCUGAGCCGAAACGUCCAAGCCUGAGUCAGCGGGCACCGGCCAGCCGCCCGCAGGCAGCGCAGACGGACCCCAACGGGCAGUGA